CACUUUAGGGUUAUGUUUACUUUUGUAUUGUCAAUAUUUGAAUUUUGAGAAGCUGAUUUCUUUUGCAUCUUCUGAAUGAAAGCGAGAUCAUUUUGAUUAUGGAUGAUCCAGGAAUGAGCCUUUUCCAAGGAAAAGGUCUAGACAUCGUAGAUAAUAAUGAAAAUCAAGAAGAAGCUGAAGAUUUGGAAGAACAGAUCCGAAGGCGUGAAGAGUUGCAAAAUUUAUUAAUUAAUGCUUUAGACGAAUUCAAAUAUGAUGACAGUACCAUGAAUUCUUCUACGAACAUAUCAGUAGCCUCUGCUGAGUAUAUAGAUCAGGCCUAUAAAGAUGUGCAAACACCUUACGAACAAUUAAAACUGCUUUAUGACAUACGAAUGAAAGAGAUCCAAACAUUAAAAGGGGAAUUCGAUGAUUAUAAGGAAAAUAUGGGAAGAGAAAUGGAUAGCCUAAAACGUAGAUUAACUUUACAAGAAGCCGAAACAUCUCAAGUAGAAAUUUCCUUGAGGAAUACUAAAUCCCUUUUAGUUGAAAAGACAGACAUUAUAGCGACACAAGAAAAGAAUUUAGCAAUGAAAGAUGAAGAAAUAGGUUCUUUACAGAAAACCGUAGAACAAUUGGAAUUUGAUGUACAAGCAUAUAAAUCAACAGUUGAAGAAUUACAACUGAAAUUUGCAAUGGAAACUGGACCCUUCAAUGUUGCAGCUAGGGUAUUCAAUGUAGAGGAAUUGCAAAAUAACCAUAAGGAGCAAAUUGAAAAAUUAGAAGCUAUUCUUGAGGAACAGAGAAGAAAGAUAGAAAUUCUAGAAAAAGAUAGAAUUAUUUUGGAGACUGACCUAAAAAGGACAAUUGAAAAUAGUAGUGAGAAUGAGUCACUUCAGAACAAUACAAUAAAAUUGUUGAAUGACAAUAUAGAAAGCGCUCAAAACCAAUGCAAAGAUCUUCUGAAUUUAGUAGAGAUGUUGACUAAAGAAAAUGAACAUUAUAGAAAUAGGAUACAUAAAUUUGAAUCUAGUGAACCAAUUUUACUUUCAAACUCUUUUAAAAGAAAAUCAUUGGAUUAUGAUACACUGGUUAUCCAUAACGAGAGGUUGAAAAAGAUGCUUCUCGACAAAGAUGUUGAGCUCACUACUCUCAAAUCAAAAACUAGGUUUUAUGAAAAUGAUGUAAAAGAACUAUUGGAGUAUAGAAAAAUGAAGAAUUUGUCCUUUUCAAACAUACAAUGCAAUCAACCUGAACACAGUCGAAUACUCUGUGUGGCCGAACAUGAGAUGAGAAAAUUACAAGAUUCCCUGGUAGAGAAACAACAAGAAAUUGAUCAACUCACCUCAAUAAAUGUUGAAUUGGAGGACAAGAUAGAAAAUAUGAUAAAACAAACCAGAAGUGACCUACAGAAUCUCUCAAACAAAUAUAAAUUACCUGAGCUCGAGACAAUGAGUGAAGAGUUAUUGAAUGCAGAAGAAAAAAUCAAGGAAUUGCAACAAAAAUUAGAGGCCUCUGAAGCAGAAAUCGAAAGCCUAAAAUCAAACAACAGUAAUAAGGAUUUGAAUAAUUUGAAAUUGAAGCUUCAAGAAAGUGAAGAAAACAUAUUAUCUCUGCGAAAAAUAAUUAAGGAGAAAGAGGAAAAUAAUGAAAACAGAACAGCUUUGAUUGAGCAAAACAAUAUGUUGAAAAGUGAAAAACAAGAACUCCUGAAAAUAAUAAACGACUUGGAACAUUAUAAAACAAGUUACGAAUUAUUAUACAAAGAAUAUAGCCAGCUUAGUGAACAGCUUAAAGAACUGGGUAGUGAUGAAAAGGUAGAAACUAGAGACCUAUCUAAUCUACGGGAAGAUUUGGAAAACUUUUGGAGUAUAUAUGAUCAUAAACCACUUGCAAAGAAAGUUGUUGAAGUUAAAAUUGGAAGUUGGAUAAAUCAGGUGAAUUCCAACUGUAUACUGAUGAGAAAACUGAAAGAAUCUGAAUCAAAAUGGAAAAAAGAAGCUGAAGAAAGUAAAGUGAACCUUAAAGAAUCAGAAAAAGAAGUUGAGAAAUUGACAGAAUUAAUAGAAGAACUAAAUAACACAAAAAUCUUUUUGGAAGGUGAAAAAAAGAAUGCUGAAAUUAGGCUGAAAAAUAUAGAGAAUACUUUGAAUGGUAAAAUUGCAGAGCUUGAUGCAUUGACCAAUGAACUCAACAUUAGGAAUAAAGAACUAGCUGAUAUACGGAAUGAAUUAGAUACCUUGAAGAACGAAGAUAAGAAUGUAACAAUGCGAACUUUAGAAGACGCCUCUCAGCAUUUGGAGGAAGCAAAAUCCGAACUCCUUAAAUAUCAAGAGGCUUUAAAUGAAAAAUGUGACUUACUGAAGAAAUACGAAGUGCAAGUAGAGCAGUUGCAAAUUGAUGUGAAGAAUACCAAUGAAAGUCUAGAAUCAUCCCGAAAAGAAGUCGAAGAAUUACAGACAACUAUCAAAGAAUUAUUGGAGGAUAAAAUCGAUAAGAGAACUGGGGAAGAUGGAGAUAAAUGUGCCCCAGAAGAUGAUUCAUUGUUCAAAGUUAAACUCCUCAAGGCAGAAGUCUCGAUUCAGGAGAAAUUGCGGAAGGAAUAUGAACGUAAAGUUUCGAAAAUUGAGGAAACUUAUAAAAACAUAUUUGAUGCAAAUCAGCAAAAAUUGAACAGAUUCAAGGAGCAGGAAAGACUUCAUCGGGAUCAAUUGUCGGAAAUAUUGAAUAAAUAUGCACAAAUCAUGUCUCCAGUACAGAAAGAAAAUGCAGAGUUGAAAGAGCGUUUGGGACAAAUUGAAGUGGAUUAUGUGGAAAUGAAGAAGUUUGUCGAAAUGUCCAAGAACGAGUACAAUUUUAUGAUUCAGCAGAUAAAGAGGGAGACGGAGGGAGAAAUAGAUGCGUGGAAAAAGUGGGCAAAAAGUUUUGUCCAAGCAUGCCUCAACUUGGAGAAGACCAAUGCACAGUCCAGAAACACAGUUCUUAACUCUUUGAAAGAAUGUGAUCUGCAGGUGCAAUCUAUAGACAGAUAUUUCGAUGAGAAAAUCAAACAGUACAAAAAAAAAUAUUUAGCCAAAACCAAAUAGGAAUCUUUGAGCUGUGAUGUGUAAAUUUGAAUUCUUCUGUGUUAGUUCCAGCAAUGGAUUGAAACUUAUUUAUUGUUGUUUUAUUUGAAUAUUUUUGUAACAGAACUGUUCCAUUGAAUUUUCUCAAUAAAUUCAUUCUUAAUUUU